CUCGUCAAGGAAAGGGAUGUGCUCCAGCAAUGUUAGCCUACAAUAGCGUAUAGCCCGCAGGCGGCUGAUCUAGAUGUCGCCUCAGAGUCCACUCUCAUGCAUGUUAUUACUCUGACUUUUAUCAACUGCUUUGCGCAUUGCGAAACUAUAAAUCGAAACAAAGAUAAACACACUUUAUUCCAGCUAUAUAUUGUUGAGCAGUCUUACUGCCUUUAUGGUGCAGUCUUCACUAGCCGCCGGCUUCAAUCGCAUAGUGCAAAAUAGCGUAUAAGCCGUGUUAACAGAGCAAUGAUUGUCGCUACAACAACUGUCAAUCGUCCUAACCAAAGUUGGCUACUAAACAUGAUGAAAAUGAUAACUGCUGAAAAUAAUUUUCGCUCCAAACAGCCUUUGGCGUAAACUUUGGCGUGCAUCACGAACUAAACUAAGCAUAACUCGGCACAUCAACACGAUACAUCAACACGCACCAAACUUUGCGGUUUUCCUUGUUAUUUUUUUGUGCUGGUCAUUCGCGGGGUUUGAUCUUUUUUCGUUCUUUUUCUUUUUAGCAAAGUAUAUUGGCAAGCUAUGAUAUAAAUGGCACCUUCCUCCCGUAGCAGCCCUUCACUUCGGAUACUGGUUUCACCUUUUGCCCACGUCAACAAAGCAAGGUUCUUGACAAACUUCCCCCUUUGCCCCUCUUCAUUCUUCAUUAACUUCUUGGAUCUAUUCUUUGCAUUCGUGCUCCCACAGCCGACAUGCCUAACCGAAGUUGGCCUGCGCUAUGGGCCAAGCUCGGCCGCCGGGAACAAACCAACACUGUUGUUGAGGUAGUCUCAGAUCAAAUGUACCAGAAUGAGCAUAAGGAUUCUGCUACUGACAUUGCCACUGUGCCGACUACGGACGACUUGGGCGACAUCUUUGCCGGCAACGCGGCGGCCAAGGCAGCCAGCGACCAUGAGCAGAGCAUGAAGAUGAGAUACACCAUCCGCCAUUACUAUAUGGCUUUAUUUUGGGCUGCGCUGAUGGCGGCUCCCAUCAUCAUGGAAGGCUACGAAACUGCCUUGGUUCCCAGCUUCUUCUCUCUCUCGUCAUUCCAAAAGCUUUACGGUACCAAGGUCUCUGAUGAAAAGUACGUUAUUCCUGCCAGCUGGCAGUCCGCCAUCACCAUCGCAGCAGCCUGCGGUCAAAUCGUCGGUCUCUCUUUUGCUCCUCAUCUUGUCAACCGUAUCGGCUAUCGUUGGUGCACUAUUGGUGGUCUCCUCUGGGCAGCUGGCUGUUUGAUGGUUGGCUUCUGGUCGAUCGCCGUUGGUCCCAAGUUGCAUAUGUAUUUUGCUGGUGAGAUGCUGCUCGGCAUUCCCUGGGGCCUCUUCCAAGGAAUUACACUUCCCUACGUGUCCGACAUUACUCCUCUAAAACUCAAGGCUCCCGCCACUACAAUGAUCAAUAUUUUCUGGCUCAUUGGCCAGCUAGUCUCGGCUGGUGUCUUGCGAGGUACCUCUGAAAUCAAAAAUGACUGGAGCAUCAAGCUGCCUAUGCUGGUCCAGUAUUCUUGGCUUCUUCCCCUUCUCUGUAUCGUUUUCUUGGCCCCGGAAAGUCCUCAGUACCUGAGUCGCAACAACAAGGACGAACAAGCUCUCAAAGUCCUCCGUCGCUUAACUCGCGACCCUUUGUUUGACGAACAGGGCUCUCUGGCUAUGCUUCACGCUGUCAACAACCAUGAGAAGCACACUGCUGAGAAGAUGGGUUUUGUGGACUGCUUCCGAGGCACCAAUUGGAGACGCACCGAGAUUGCUUUGGUCAUCUACUUGACCCAACAAUUAGUUGGUUCCCCUCUCGUCUUCUACUCAGUCAACGUCUUGCAAAAGGGAGGUCUCUCGCAGAGCUCAUCUCUCUUUGUUACUAUUGGUAUGUAUGCGCUGUGCAUCUGCUCUACGCUCUCUUCAAUGGCUGCCAUGCGAGUCUUCAACCGUCGUACCAUGUGGAUCGGCGGUCUUGCCAUCGAGGUUAGCUGCCUCACUGCGAUUGGUACGUUGGCUUUUUUCCUGGAGAACAAUAAAGCUGUCUCCUGGGCUAUUGCCACUCUGUUGGUUCUUUUCGCCGUUGUGUACAACUUCACUAUCGGCCCAGUUUGCUACUCCAUUGUCGCAGAGACCCCAUCCACUCGCAUGAAAGCCGCCACCAACUCCAUCGCCCGAGGUACCUAUAUCGCCGUCUCUAUUGGCAACCUCUUUUUGGUGCCCAACCUUCUAGAAGAUAAGCCCAGUGGAUGGGGGCUGGGAGCUCGGGCUGCAUUGCUUUGGGCUGGCACGUCGGCCCUCUGCAUGCUCUGGGCGUACUUUCGCUUGCCUGAAAUGAAGGACCGCUCACCUGCAGAGGUGGACGUCCUGUUUGAGCGCAAAGUACCUGCUCGCGACUGGGUCAAGACGAAACUCUAGGAGGUCAAAGGCUUGUACUAAGUUAACUAGCUCAUGCGUGGGUCUUUUUCUCACUUCCGCCACGGAGUUCGGCGAUCUUUGGGCACUGGGCAGGGGGGCGCUAAUGUGACAGCGCGCGAAGACAUGUACCUUCUUUGGUGUGGGCUAGGAUUAGGGUUGGUGGGAAAAGAACAGAUGGCGGAGGGGAUGAUUGUGUUUGUGUCAUUGGUAGAACUUUGUAAUAGCUAAUACAGUGUACUCUUCUCUUUGUAACUCGGCCACCAAGCGCAGUAGUUCAUCCAAGAUUUAACCUAGCCGCCGCCGUCAUGCAGUUUUGUUAAGACGACACGGAUAAGGCAUACCAUGUACUUUUAUAGCUCAUGGUUGUUUGUCGGAGAUGGCUCGCUGUCUGCUCGGCCGCCCACUCAAGCACGGGUGGUGGGCGAGUCGAACGAGUGGCUUAUCGCGAAGCUUCACAGCGUGCAGCAGAGCACAAGUCGGAAAUAUUUUCCAUGGGAUAAACUCUAAUCGGCGCCCUCGUGACUGUAGUUGCUUCAAAAAUGCG